ACUAACCCAGAUCGGUGGAAAUCUGUCGUGCUGAGUGGAGUUUGACAACCAAGAGGGCCACACCGUGUGAAAUUAUAGCGCUUUUGCAACUUUCAGUACUUUAGAAAUAUGUAAUUUUUUUUAUGUCGUCGGUGUUUUUUAUUUUAUUUUAAUUUUUUUAAUUGAGACACGGGAGAAAACGUAGAGCUCUGUUCGUUUUAGUGAUGCUCGCCUUCGGGUUGGGAGAGAAAAUCACAGCGCCAACAUAAAACACAUUUUACACCCGCAAGUCUGAGAUUUUAGACAUAAAAUCAUGUUACAGGCGUUUCUGAGAUGUGUCCGUCGUUUCCCGUGGUUCGCGAACGUCACGCUCUACGGCUGUCUGUUCGCCGGAGGAGACCUGGUCCACCAGCGGUUGUCUCGGAGGGACGAAAUGGACUGGAACCAGACCAGGAACGUCGCCGUGGUCGCCUUCAGCUUUCACGGCAAUUUCAGUUUCUUCUGGAUGCGGUUUCUAGAGCGCAGAUUUCCUGGAAACUCCGCCGGGAUGGUGAUGAGGAAGCUGUUCCUGGACCAGGCGGCGGCGGCGCCCCUGGCUACAACUGUGUUUUACACAGGCGUCAGUUUCCUGGAGGGUAAAGAGGACAUCUUGGAGGACUGGAGGAAUAAAUUUCUGAAUACGUAUAAGACUGGACUUAUGUACUGGCCUUUUAUGCAGUUUCUGAACUUUGCCUUGAUGCCCCCGUACAUCCGGACCGUCUUCACCGGCUGCUGCGCCUUCGUCUGGGCCAUCUUCCUGUGCUUCUCCCGUCAGACCGGUGACGGUACAGCUGGAGCCGCUCUGGCUUGGUUGUUCCCUCCUAAAGAAGAGUCGGCAGAAGAGAUGGUGGACUCUAAGCUGAAGGAAGCUGCAACAGCUAAACCCGUGCAGUAGCAGAGUCAGCUGUUGACGAAGGGAGACGAGACAAGCAGCAGGUCCAGGUCCAGUUCUGUGGCUCUGUGGUUCAUAUCUCAGUAACACUGCCAGACUGAAAUGUCCAUCAUUAAUGCUGCAAGGUUUUAUUCAGCUCUUUGAAUGUACACAGCACUGCAAUAUUUAACAAUUAACAGGAAGAAAUAAGUCGAACAAUCAUCUUGUUUUUCUAAUUUCUCAUCAAGUUUUGUGUUUUUUAUGUACUGAAUCAUUUUAAAGAAACUUGAAUGUGUUACAAAGAAUCUCCUCCACWGUGUGGAUUGGUAGCUGAACGAUUAGUUUGAUAUUUUAAUUUUGCAAAGAUAAUAUUUGAACAUGUCCGUGUCAAAUCCUGGUACUUUUUAACUUUUAAAGUAGUGGCAUGUAAUACUUACAGUUUGAAUAGCAACUUAAUUUUAUUUAUUAAAAUCACAAACCUGUUUUUCAGGCUUUAAAUGAUUGUGUUUUUUCAAGUUUGCAGUUUGAUUGAGGAUUAUUUGAAUGUAAAAAUGCUGCCUGCCUGUUUCACAUUUAUAAUCUGACAUUCUGACAUAUUUGAACAAAGAUUAAAUGUUGUGUUUUAGAGGAUUUAAGAUUUAAUGAAGAUUUUCUUGUAUUUUAAGUCUUUUGAAGAGUUUAAUUUAUUUUAAAAAAUGGUGCAGCUCAGAGGAAAAACUGCCUUUUAACUCAUUCUUUUUGUUUCUAUCCUUUAUUUAAAGAGUUCAUGAUGCUGUAAGAAUAUAUCAAUACUGGAUUAAUUAAAUUGUUAUUGUUUAUUAAUCUAUAAUGGAAGAGUAUACACAUGUUUAUCAUAUUUAAAUUGUGUUGAAGGAGCAGUAAUUUGACAUCAGUAUUGUAUUUGAGUGAUUUAUUUAAAUGAUUUGAGUGAUUAUUUGUAAAAUAAUGUGCAAUACUUGAACUGGAAAUUAAAAGUAUUUUUACAAUCUUGUUUGUUGUUAACAAAUCAUU